AUGGCCAUGGCCCAGCGGCGUCUCAUCCCCGGACGCGGCACUGCCAGCUCGGAGGGAGCCGCCGGGCGCGGACUGCUGCGCGCCGGCCCCUUUGACGACAUCCCUGAGUGCCGCGAGCAGGAGGAGGAGGACCAGACGGCGGCGGACGCCGGCGACCAGUGCCACUCGCCCAGCUACCGCAGCCACGACUCGGGCUUCUCCGACUCGAGCGACGGCGGCCACGACGAGCGCCGGCUCGUCAGCCGCGUCUACGUCGACAGCACGGCCGAGGGUCCGGCCGCCGCCGAGCGUCAGCGCUCCGAGCCGCGGCUGGCAGCCGUGGUGGCCGUGGUGGCGGGGCAUCUGUGCCGAUGUCCGGCUGCCGCCACCGCCGCCUGCUCCGGCGAGGCCGAGCGCACCGAGGCAGCCUGCUGCCCGCCACACGACGUGGUGGGCGGUGGAGUCAGCCCAGAGACACGGAUCCAGGUGGACCUGAUCGACGGCCUGCAGCUCUUCAACACCACCUACCCCGGCGUGACCACCAUCUCCGGCCUGCACAGCUUCACCCCGGCACUGAACCUGACCGGUGACACGCGGCUGGUGCGCCUGCCGGACGCGGUGCUGGAGCGGUCGCUGGCGCUGCUGGCCACCUCUAGCGAGUUCACCGUGCUAGCCAACGUGCGCCAGCAGCCGCAGAACGCCGGCACUAUCGUCGCCUUCUCCUUCGAGGCCAACAGGUUCCUGGAGGUGCAGUCGUCGGGCCGCACCGAUGAGAUCCGGUUCCACUACACGCGCCGGCGCUCGGAGGGCGAGCCGGCCGGCCAGCCUGACGUCCACAUGGAGUCGUUCAGCUACAGGCUGGCCGACGACCGCUGGCACAGGCUGGCCGUCUCCGUGUCCGGCCAGCAGCUGGACGUGUUCGUCGACUGCCGGCACGUGCACUCGCGGGUCAUCCACCUGGCGGAGCGCAACGCCAGCUGGGCCGGCGCGGCGCUGCCAGGCGACCAGCGCCUGCAGCUGUGGCUGGGCCAGCGCAACUCGCGACACUUCAUGUUCCAGGUGGGUGCCGCCCAUUGGCCGACUUAUGACCGGGACCGGGAGGAUGACCGUGACCCGGAGACUUAUGACCGGGACCGGGAGGAUGACCGUGACCCGGAGACUUAUGACCGGGACCGGGAGGAUGACCGUGACCCGGAGACUUAUGACCGGGACCGGGAGGAUGACCGUGACCCGGAGACUUAUGACCGGGACCGGGAGGAUGACCGUGACCCGGAGACUUAUGACCGGGACCGGGAGGAUGACCGUGACCCGGAGACUUAUGACCGGGACCGGGAGGAUGACCGUGACCCGGAGACUUAUGACCGGGACCGGGAGGAUGACCGUGACCCGGAGACUUAUGACCGGGACCGGGAGGAUGACCGUGACCCGGAGACUUAUGACCGGGACCGGGAGGGUGACCGUGACCCGGAGACUUAUGACCGGGACCGGGAGGGUGACCGUGACCCGGAGACUUAUGACCGGGACCGGGAGGAUGACCGUGACCCGGAGACUUAUGACCGGGACCGGGAGGAUGACCCCGUGGUGGCCGUGGUGGCGGGGCAUCUGUGCCGAUGUCCGGCCGCCGCCACCGCCGCCUGCUCCGGCGAGGCCGAGCGCACCGAGGCAGCCUGCUGCCCGCCACACGACGUGGUGGGCGGCGGAGUCAGCCCAGAGACACGGAUCCAGGUGGACCUGAUCGACGGCCUGCAGCUCUUCAACACCACCUACCCCGGCGUGACCACCAUCUCCGGCCUGCACAGCUUCACCCCGGCACUGAACCUGACCGGUGACACGCGGCUGGUGCGCCUGCCGGACGCGGUGCUGGAGCGGUCGCUGGCGCUGCUGGCCACCUCUAGCGAGUUCACUGUGCUAGCCAACGUGCGCCAGCAGCCGCAGAACGCCGGCACUAUCGUCGCCUUCUCCUUCGAGGCCAACAGGUUCCUGGAGGUGCAGUCGUCGGGCCGCACCGAUGAGAUCCGGUUCCACUACACGCGCCGGCGCUCGGAGGGCGAGCCGGCCGGCCAGCCUGACGUCCACAUGGAGUCGUUCAGCUACAGGCUGGCCGACGACCGCUGGCACAGGCUGGCCGUCUCCGUGUCCGGCCAGCAGCUGGACGUGUUCGUCGACUGCCGGCACGUGCACUCGCGGGUCAUCCACCUGGCGGAGCGCAACGCCAGCUGGGCCGGCGCGGCGCUGCCAGGCGACCAGCGCCUGCAGCUGUGGCUGGGCCAGCGCAACUCGCGACACUUCAUGUUCCAGGGUGCCGUGCAGGACGUGAAGCUGGUGUUUCGGGCCGCACGGCUACCUGGCUGCAUGGUGGGCGGUGGAGUCAGCCCAGAGACACGGAUCCAGGUGGACCUGAUCGACGGCCUGCAGCUCUUCAACACCACCUACCCCGGCGUGACCACCAUCUCCGGCCUGCACAGCUUCACCCCGGCACUGAACCUGGACCGUGACACGCGGCUGGUGCGCCUGCCGGACGCGGUGCUGGAGCGGUCGCUGGCGCUGCUGGCCACCUCUAGCGAGUUCACCGUGCUAGCCAACGUGCGCCAGCAGCCGCAGAACGCCGGCACUAUCGUCGCCUUCUCCUUCGAGGCCAACAGGUUCCUGGAGGUGCAGUCGUCGGGCCGCACCGAUGAGAUCCGGUUCCACUACACGCGCCGGCGCUCGGAGGGCGAGCCGGCCGGCCAGCCUGACGUCCACAUGGAGUCGUUCAGCUACAGGCUGGCCGACGACCGCUGGCACAGGCUGGCCGUCUCCGUGUCCGGCCAGCAGCUGGACGUGUUCGUCGACUGCCGGCACGUGCACUCGCGGGUCAUCCACCUGGCGGAGCGCAACGCCAGCUGGGCCGGCGCGGCGCUGCCAGGCGACCAGCGCCUGCAGCUGUGGCUGGGCCAGCGCAACUCGCGACACUUCAUGUUCCAGGGUGCCGUGCAGGACGUGAAGCUGGUGUUCGGGCCGCACGGCUACCUGGCGCAGUGUCCUGACCUGGACGCCACGUGCCCCUCCUGCGGCCAGUUCCGCAGUCUUCAGGCGGCCGUGGUUCACCUGGAGAAGACUGUCGAGGAGCUCACGCAGCGGCUGCGGAGAGCAGAGGAGUCGCUGAAGCAGCUGGAGUCCUGCGAGUGCCAGAGGUCGUGUCGCCACUCCAACAAUACAUUCCACGCGGAUGGCACCAGAUGGAUGGACGGGUGCCGGGUCUGCGCGUGCAUGAAAGGAGAGGUCAAGUGCCAUCCGAUGAAGUGUCCUGCCGUGAACUGCUCCAACCCGAUCAUCGAGAAUGGCGAAUGCUGUCCCAAAUGCAAAGGCGAGUGUUUCCUGAACCAGCGGUCGUACGAGCACGGCGAGAAGGUGUCGAUCGACCGAUGCAUGACGUGCGAGUGCCACGACUCGGUGAUGCAGUGCAGCACCAUCAUCCCGGAGCAGCACUGCCCGCCGCUCAGCUGUCCGCCUUCGCAGCGGCUCAACAUGUCCGGAGAGUGCUGCCAGUUCUGCAAAGACACGGACUACUGUGCGCAGGCGCAGCCGCAGUGUGACACGCACGCCACAUGCGUUAACCUGCAGACCAGCUUCAUGUGCCAGUGUAACGAUGGCUACAAGGGAGACGGCAAGACAUGCGAGGACCUCGAUGAAUGCAAGAGUCGCGGUGGAUUCCACGGUCACCAGUGUGGGCCGAACACAGUGUGCAGGAACACGGUGGGCUCCUACGAGUGCGACUGCUUACCAGGGUACCAGCGACACGACGCCUACAUGUGCGUGGAGCGGAAUGAGUGUCUGGACGAGUCGCACAACUGCGACGCGCUGGCCGACUGCGUCAAUACCCCGGGCAGCUUCCGGUGCCAGUGUCCGGACGGCUACAGCGGCGACGGCACCACCUGCUCGCCCGUGUGCGGCCAGCCGUGCGAGAACGGCGGCCGGUGCGUGGCGCCCGACCACUGUUCGUGUCGGCGCGGCUUCGGCGGACCGAGCUGCGAGCUGGACAUCGACGAGUGCAAGCUGGGUCUGCACCAGUGUCACCCGCACUCCGAGUGCGUCAACAAGCCCGGCUGGUACCACUGCCGCUGCCGGGACGGCUACCGCGCCGACCCCGUCCAGAACACGCUCGGCGUCACUUGCACAGACGUGGACGAGUGCAGCGAGGGCUCACACACGUGCGACCCGCGCGCGACGUGCAUCAACACCAACGGCAGCUACACGUGCGAGUGCGUCGGCUCGCAGUGCACCAGCAACUGCACCGUUGACGACGUGGUCCACCAGCACGGCUCCAGCUGGGCGGACGGCGACCGCGCGUGCCACACGUGCCAGUGCCUGGACGGCGUGACCACGUGCCAGCCGCGCACGUGCGACUGCUCGCAGCCGGAGGUGGACGGCGCGUGCUGUCCUCAGUGCGAUUCCAGCUCGGGCUGUUUCCACCAGACGCGACCAAACGUUCGGUUCCGGAACGGUGACCGCUGGCUGCACCAGUGUCAGCUCUGCGAGUGUCUGAUGGGCCAGAUCGACUGCUGGCAGCAGCAGUGUCCGCCGACCUCGUGCAGCAACCCGCGCUGGCCGGACGGCGACUGCUGUCCGCGCUGCGAGGACGACCCAUGCGCGGCGCCGGCCAACCGCUCGCAGGUGGCGCCGUGCAACAUCGCGGCGCCGCCGCAGGCGCUCGCCAGCGCCGCCCACUGGCAGACGCUGCAGGCCAACUGUCCCGACUGCCGGUGUAAGGUGCCGUUUUGUGAGAAGUUGGUGAGCAAAAAUUCCGCGUGUGUGCCUCGGACGGCCAGCUGUGGUGCGGUUAUUCUGGCUUCUGUCUCUGUGCUGAUCAUCCAGCGGCUGCUGGUCUCCAGCUGCACACCGCCGGCGAGCAACGGCGCCUCCAGCGGAGCGCGCUCCCCGCCCGGUUCGUGA